AUGGCUUCCGGAUUCAGCUUCAAAGGCGGCCGACCGCGCUGCUUCGCCUUUUGGCAAGAGUUCCAGAAGUGCUACGCUAACGCCGACUCGCCCUCGGACUGCGUUGCCGCCAAAGAAGACUACUUGGAAUGUCUGCACCACACCAAGGAGAUCGCACGUGCCAAGGAGAUCAAGGACCACUGGCUCCAUCGCCAAGCUAAAGAGGCCCACGCCGCACGCGAGAAGGGUGAGGUCAGAGCCACCAGCUCCAUCUUGGACCUCGGGCUGAUAAACGACAAGAGUUCAGGCAAAGACGAUGCAGCAGCAGCGGCCUCGAGCGGCUCGGAAUCGUCGUAG